AUGACGAUGCUCUUUGCCUGUAUUCUUGCCUACGAUCCGAUCAUCGCCUGCGAAGAUUCCAAGCCUGCGUUGCCCCUUAUUCGUAGAGCCUGGUUUUGCCGCUGGGGAGUCACACUGCCUAAUCCGGAGUGUCUACGCGCCACGCCACAACCAGUGGUGAUCGGAACUCGUCCUCUUCCUCCUCCUGCUACCACCACCACUCCUCCUUACCACCCUCCUACAACGCCUCCACAAUAUCUCGCCCUCUCCGUCUCUAUCGUAUACGCCCGCCUACUUCCUCCUGCCGGCGCACCGACUCAUUCUUCUCUUCGCCCGGUCCCCGAUCUAGGUCAUUCACCUUACCGCAAACCAACCUGGCUCUGCGUCAAGGUUAAAAGGUUUCCCCGUCACCUUUGUUACCAUCAAAGACGGGCCUGUCCCCUCGCUGCCCCUAUACGGUUCUAUCGAAACGGUCUAUUCCCCCCCCCAACAACCCGGAUUAUUUAUUGUCCUUACCUCCCACCACCACCUCCGCUUCCAACCCUGUUAAUGGACACCCUGGAUUUCAAUUUUGUAAAUCCUUACCUGCAACAUGCUUUACCGCGCCCUUACCCGUACGCCUCGUCAAUCGCAUCGUCUGCGUCCUCAUCUUCCUCCUCCGUCUUUUCACUUGACUCUCUUUCCUCUCAGAGCUCAAGCUCGUCGAUCUCGUCUUCGUCGAUAGACGUGAUCUGGGAGAAUGAUGAAAAUUCGGGUCAAGGAAGAUGCCCAAGCGUGACAAACCAGCCUAGUUCGCACUGUCCACUAGGAAAAUCGGGUUAUGGUAAAGUUACCGACGAGAAUACCGUGGCCCCUGACCUUCGUCGACACCCGCGACGUGUAUUUCGGACCGCAAACGCUGAUAUCGGCAAAAGCUGUCCGCGUCAACCGCCUCCGCUGGUGCGCGCGUCCCAUCUGAGGUUCGGUUUUGUCGAUCGGCUUGUCGACUCUGCUGCGCAAAUUGUCGAAAUCAUAUGGCCACUCGCAGUCGAGGCUGCCCGGAGCGACUCAACUUUGGGUUGCAAAGGAGUCUUACCCCUCCGAAGCUUUAUUCGGGAAACCCUCAGGAGAUCUCGAACCAGCUAUUCGACGCUGCAGGUAGCCUUAUACUAUCUUAUUUUGAUCAAACAACGCAUACCAAGCCAUAAUUUUACCAUGGAACAACCACAUGUUCAGGAAUACUCUCGCGCUAUGCAGUGCGGCCGACGCAUGUUCCUAUCAGCCCUGAUUUUGGCUUCAAAGUACCUUCAGGACAGAAACUAUUCUGCUCGUGCUUGGAGCAAAAUUUCGGGUUUGAGUACUACAGAGAUCAACCAAAACGAACUGAUCUUUCUCCAGGCGGUAGGAUGGAGGCUUCAUAUUUCGGAGCCUGUUUUUCAGCGCUGGACCGAUAUCGUUUUGCGGUAUACACCGUCAUCUGACCAUAGCUUUAACGGCGAAGGCCUGUCUUGGAAGACGGUCAUACCAUCUCUGACUCCCGAACUCGACAACGUCGAUUUGGAUAACGCUUGCACUGGGCCUGUUGCCAUCCAGGAUCUCCUACCACCCAUUCAAACUCUGAGUCCGACCAGUUCUCCUGACACUGGUUGUCGGCGCCGAUCUUUGGCAGCCAACCAGGUGCCAACAUGCGAUCGAAAAUUCGAUGCUCAGAUCAGCCAUAGCGCAGAAUCACAACCGAUACUGUUGCCAAAUCCUCUUAAACUCGGUGUUCUUCCAACUCCGCAGAUGAGCCCGCAGAGCCUCUCGAACAAUACUCCUGCAGCGAGUGUUCUUCCGUUCACCGCUCGUGGGCCAUCUAUGACUUCCGCUAUGCGACAAGCGCAGAAUAUGUGCGCUCAACGUACAACGCUCGACCAAAGACCACCUUUACAGUCGUACCCUGUUUGCACUCGUCGUUCGUCUCUCGCUCGCUCAUCCACUUCGUCUCCGGACUCGAUGAUAUCCGAUGUUCCAUCCCUGACAUCGUCGCGGUCAAGCCGGUCUUCUCGAUCUUCUUCCAUCUCUUCUGUUGCGUCAGGAACCUGCGCGCCUACAUUGCCUCGUCUAGCUACCCGGGCGACUCGUCGCUGCGCAAGCACGAGAGAUGGCAAGAAGACGUUUACGAUCGCUUCGCCAAUUGAUGAAAGGUCUUGCUCAGAUAUCUUCGCAUCCCCUGAGCCCAUGUCUGCUUCUAGCACUCACUUUCCAGAUCUGGCCAAGUUCUCUCUGGAUGCAUCAGUUGACAUGGCUCACGAGGCUGCGCAGAGUCUUUGCGAGCUCUCUGUAGCUGUGCCCCGCUCCAAUAAGUCGUCCGCUUUGAGGUCGCCUUGUCGAUCCUCUCGGAAACGUGGACGUACUAGCUCUAACGACAUGGACCUACAACAUAAAGUCCGCCAUCUGAUGGCCUUGGACUACCCAGCAGGCGAGAACAAUCCGACUUUUGUGCUUCCAGACGUUCAGCCUGCUGAGUCGUUCCUGUUGUCGGAGACCAAGACCGAGUGGUCUUCGUCAGGAUGUUCGUUUGGCUCUCGUCGGCCUUUCCUACCUCUUCCAUUUGCUACGGAUAGAGUUAUGGAACGUCCACCCUGCCCAAAUGGUCUAGCUAGUUAUCUUUGGAACAGGUCAUCUUCAGAGAGUGUUGCGGACAUGCUGGAUUAG